AAAGAAAAUUACUUAGAAAAUUUGAGAAUAGAUUAUUUUUUAAAAAUUUUUUACAAUUAAUAGUUUUAAAUAAAUAUUAAAAAGUAUAUUUUAAUUUAACAUUUCAUCACUUAGCAAGCAACCAACUUUUAUUUAUAAAUAAACUAUGAUAAUAAGUUCUAGUUAAAUUAACUAAAAUUUGAAGGUAUAAUAUAUUAUUUAUUAAUCUUCGCUACUAAGUAGAAGAUUUCUUUAAAUUUUUUUAAUUAAUUGAUUUUAAGAGUUAACACAAGACUAGGCCAAAAAGAAAAAAAAAAGUUAGAAUUUUCAAAAUAGCUUAACAAAAUUUUUUUUAUGGAAAAGAUAACCUAAAAUACUGGCAUAUCAAAUGAAUUUUAAAAAUCAAAUUUUAGUAAAAUUUCAAGAACAGAAAUUCAAAGAUUAGGAAAUACUUCUCCUAAGCCAUCAUAAAUUAAAGAGUAUAAUAUUAGAAAAGAGAGUAAAGAUAAUGUUUAAGCAUAAAAUGAAAAUAAUAGCUUUGUAGAGUAGUAAAAUUAACAUGAAAUAAGUUAAAUUUUUUAAGAAUAAGAAGCGACAAAAUUUAUAGAGAACGAUCUUAAAUAAUCUAAAGGUACUCAUAGAAUUUAUAAUUAAUCUUUUGAUGCAGUAUUAAGUUCUACAAAUAGAGAAAACUUUUAAGUUGUUCUUUCUCCUAAUUUGAGUAAUAGAAGUCUAAUUGAAGUAUAAAUGAAAUCACCUGAAAUGAAUUCAAAAAAUGAUGCAAGUUCUUUAAACAUAAAUUAAAAUUAUGAUAGUUUAUUGUUAAAUUACUAAUCAAAUUCGUGCUAUAAAUCGUAUUAAUCAAAUGAAGCGAAUAUAGAUGUUAAUAGUUAAAUCUAAACAAAUUAAGAUUACCCAUCCUAAAUAAGUAGGCUAAGAUCAUUUAGUAAAUAAAAGACGAGGAAUUAGCAUAUUUUAUAGUAAAUAAAAUAAUUUAGGAAACAAGCAAUUUUAAAAAAUAAUCUCACAAAUUUUAGGAAGCUGGAUAAAACUGGGAAAAAUUCUACAUUUAUUUAAUAAAGCAAUAAUAACAAUUUGUAGAAUAAUUAGAUUAUUUAAGGAACUCCAGCUACACAAAAUCAUCUAGUUAUACUACUUAUGGUGAAAAAAUUUAUAAAUUCUCUUUUAUACUUUAUAGCAGCUAGAGAUUAUAAAUUGCUACUCAGUAAACAUUUUAACAUUAUCUAGGAUAAAUCAUAUAUUGAACCUUAAAGAAAUAAAGGAUUCGAAGAAUAAUUUGAAAACUAAAAAACCUUGCUUGAGACUUAUGACUAAUUUAGAAAAUUAAAUGUUAAUUAAACCUUUAAAAAAUCUUCUUAAAUUUUAGAAAAACUGAAAAUCAUUUUAAAUUCAAUGAAAAACUGGAUUUUGGGAAGCUAUUUAUUUUAGCUUAGAGUAUUUUAACCUAAUAGUUUGAUCCUUAUUCUUUGGGAUAUUUUUAUUUUAAUUUAAUUGUUUGUUUUGUAUGUGUUAGUUCCACCUUUGAUUGCUUUCGGAAAAGAAAGACAUACUAGUAGAUUUUACAUAGCUCUUUUAUAAACUUUACCUUUAAUCAUAUUUUUGACUGAUAUAUUCAUUAGCUUUCAUUCAGGAUAUUACGAAUAUGGAUUUACAGUCCUUGAUAAAAAACAAGUCACAAUAAAAUACCUAAAAACUAAAUUUAUCUCAGACUUUAUUUGUGUUUUGCUUAUAUUUUUAGAACCUUGCGAUUAUUGUUUGGUACUUGCUCUUAUUCUCAAAAUAAGUUAAUUUAAAAGGAACGUUUAAAAGCUGAAUGAACACUUUUAAAUAUAACAAAAAUAUUCUGCAGUGUAUGAUCUAGUUAUAUUAAUAUUAAGCAUUCUUUACGUAUCGCAUUUGUUUGGUAGUGGUUUUGUGCUUAUUUCUAUAAACACACAAAAUAAUCCUUAAGGUUGCUGGCUUUAAUAAUUUAAUAUAAUUGAUAAGGAUUGGUAAUAUCAAUAUAUUUAUGCUGUUUAUUUCACUAUUAUUACAAUGAUAACAAUUGGUUAUGGCGAUAUAUUUCCAGUAAAUAUUUUUGAAAAAAUAUAUGUAAUUUUUAUGACAUUUAUUACUUGUGGGCUAUUUGCUUAUUGUCUAAAUUGUAUAGGUGAAAUUUUUAGAGAUUUAAAAUAAAAAUCUUAAGAAUUUAAACAAAAUCAGUAUAUACUCAGCAACUAUUUAAAUCGUAUGAAUAUCUAAAAUAAUUUAAAAGUUAAGUUUUUAAAAUAUACUGAGUAUAUUUAUCAUGCUACAGAUUAACUUCAAACUAAAGGUUAAUGUAUAUUUGAUGGUUGCCCACAAGAAAUGAAAGAAGAAGUUUUGAGAGAUUACUAUGGAAAAAAAAUAUUAAAUUAUAAGUACUUAAGGCUUUAAUUUAGUAAAUAGUUUUUAUCUGAAUUAUCUUUGAAAAUGAAAGACUAGAGCUUCGGUCCAGGAGAAAGUUUAGUUGUUAGUGGAUAAAAACUAUAAAGACUCUAUUUUAUCGAUAAAGGAAACGACUUAGAAUAUUAUUACAGCAAUUAACAACUUUACAGAUCUUUAUCAAAUAUUUCUUUAAAUGAACCAUAUUAGCUAUUGGAUUUGGGAUUAUUCUUCACUGAAUAACCAGCUGAUAUAUCUGUUAGAACUAAAACACCGAUUUAUGCUUCCUUUAUUUUAAUAUAGGAUUUUAUAGAAACUAUUUAGCACUUCUAAAAUGAUUAUGAAAAAUAUUAAAUGAUGAAGCAUUAAUUUUUAUUUUAAAGCAAAUAAAUAACUAGCUGCACUUCCUGUGGAGCAUUUUCUCAUAAUAUAUCUAAAUGCCCACAAAUCCAUUAUGUAGUUCAAAAAUAACCUUUUGCUCUGAAGUUAAGUAAAAAUCAAAGCUAAGUAAGAGAUUAUAACUAUAAAAGAAAAUUUUUUAAAAGAGACGAGAAGUUUCACAGUUUAAGUCUUAAUUAAACUGUAAGAUACGAGUUAAAAAGAAUAAGACUACACUACGCUAAUUAAAUGUCAGAUUUUAUAAAUGAUAUAGAAAUUCUCUAAGAGUUACAGUAUAGUUCAAAUGAUAAGUUUUUUUUUAUGAAUGUUCCACAAAUAGUUUUAUAAUAAAAUAAUUUAAAUGAUGAUGAAUCUUCGAUAAAAGAAAUGAAUAAAUGCCUAAAUAUAUUCAAAUAUAAUCAACCUUCAGAAUAUUAGUUCUUAACAUAAAGUACCUCCUCUAACCAUAGCAGUAAUGUUAGUGUUGAUGAAUAGUAAGAAGAAAAUGAUUAAAAAAAUAAAAAUUUUCGUUUUAUAAAUAAAGAAGUAUCGAUUGAGGAAGAAUUAAAAUUUUAAAGUUUUGAAAAUUAGAAAAGUAAUUUAUACAAAGAAGAAGAUAUCUAAGACAUUAGCGAUGAAGAGUCUAAUAUGAAACCAAUAGAUAAAGUAUAUGUCCAAUAAAAAAUCUUAAAUACCCCAAAUUUAAAUUUAUUAAUGCCUUUUACUAAAAAUGGUGUUAUUGAGAAUAUUAAUUAAAAUUAAUUUGAUGAUAGUCCUUCAAAAAUUAACAAUUUCAAUAAAAGCUCAUAUAUUCUUCAUGCAAAUCACAAAAGUUGUGAUAUUGACUUUUCAGAGAACUAGCCAAAUAAUGAAUUAAUAAGAGAAAAAAGACUCUCUCAUCUUUUUUAUGACUAAUCUCCAUGGAAUAAUUAAUCAACAAGCUUUCAAAACCUGGAAAAAAAAUAAGCUAAUAAUUCAAUAAGAAAAAGAUUGAAGACAUAAUUUUAGGUAGUAAGUGAUUUAAAAGUCAAGUCUUAGUCGUAAAUUAAUGAUGGAAAAAGUAAAGAUAAUGAAAUUUAAUAGUAACCUUAAAUGUAAGAAAGUACCAGAAUUUAAAGCUAGAGUUUUUCUAAAAAUGUUAAAAUACAAUAAGAAGUAUCAAGGCAAAGAAAUACAUCAGGUAACAGAGUUAGUAGCCUCUAAAAUAUAGAGGGUCCAAGAUUAUCCUUUAUGUAAAACAAUUUUAAAAUUAGUAACCAAAGUAUAAAAUUUAAUGAACCCACCCAUUUAUAGCGUUUUCAAUCAAGCAACGACUAAAAAACUAUGUUUAGUAAAAGUGAUAAAGAAAACAAUUAGUCUGAUUUUGGGCAUCUCAAAGAUUAACACAUAUUUGGUAAAAUGAAAUUUAAUUUCGAUAAGUUGAAAGAAUAUUAGAUAUUCUUCCCUCAUUAUAAUUACACUAGGAUAGUCAAGCUAGUUAAAAAGAAAAAUGUUAUUUAUAAUUUAAAAAACUUAAUAAACAACAAUAGCUUUAUUCUAUGUAAAAAUAAAUUAUGAAUAUUCUUAGCACCAAUUAUCUACUACUUUUCAAUAUAUUGAAAAUUAAUUUACUUUAUUGCCUAUUUUUAUCCAAUAAUUAUUAAAAA